AUGCCCCACGCCAAACUUGCCUUAUUUGGCACGUUUGCGAGUUACGCGCGCGGGCUGUGCUGUGCCCUCGCCUGCCCUCGCCUGAUAGUGGCGUUGAAUUUGACGAGCGGCGGGUCGAUAGCAUCCUGCGAUGCGCCCGCCAUCGCACUGGCGAGCCUUGCGAGGAAAUCAGCGGGCGACGCCGAGAUUAACAUGCCAGCCUGGGGAAGCCCGCACGCGUGCCCUGCCAUAUAUUGCAGGUGCAGCCCCACCCAGUGGGCCCAGCGGGGCACCCUCUUACAUAUCGUCCUCGUUGUUGACAUGCUCGAGGGCUUUCAGAAGGCGUCCCAGACGCAAAUUCUGCGAGCCGACGGCAUCUUCCACGAAAUGCUCGGGCAGUGGGUCCUGAUCCGGAGACAAUUUGGAUUCGCACUCAGCCUCCAAGCCAGCGGCGACGGACUCGGGGACGGAGCAGGAUGGAGCGCGUCGGCCAACCAGGUGAGCGAUAAGACUGACUCACCCGAGAUCACACAGACAAACGUCAUACCUCAUACCUAG